AUGAUAUCAACUUGGAAUCCAAAUACAAAAUGCCAUCACAAAGUCAAACACCAAAGAAAGAAAACUACUUACAGGAACCAUAAAGAUAAUGCGGACAAUGUAUCUCUGGUAUGUGGGCUCUGUAUAAUUCAAGAGAUGUUUGUGAAUGUGGAGGAUUGCCAACGUCAUUGCCCCAAUCGUACAAGGCAGUGCUAUCAGUAUGUAGUAUAUUGGCCCCAUUUGCGGGCAAGUGCACCACACACGACAACAGUCUUAUCCCAGAAAAAGACCUCAACAGAUAUAAUGGGACUACGGGCCCAGUCACAGAUACACGUCGAUCAGAACCUAACAGAUAUAAUGGUUCCUCGCCGCGCGCGCAUACAGAACAACGCCGAUAGCACGAAACUGGGCAGAUCUAUUCAGGGAACAGGAAGAAGAGGGAAGUGAAGCCCUAGAUUCAACAUCGAGCUCGAGCCAUCGAUCCUCGCAUGCGGCACGAAGAGGAAAACUAGAAAGGGGAAGGAAAUUGGGGAAGAAAGGGAAAAUUGGGGAAGGAAAUUGGACGGAGAAGAAAAUGGGGAAGAAAGGGGAAUGAAAUUGGGCAAGGAAACUGGGGAAGAAAUGGGAAGAAAAAAACCC